UGGCUGGCUGGCUGCUGUUGCUGGGACUUGGCGUGGCUGCUGAAAAUACAGAAUUCAGUAUGAAACGACAAAGCGCCGUAUACGCACGGUGAACGAAUCGAGAGCGGAUAAAGUUUGUGACGUUGAUGUUGAAAACAAAUUGGAAGAAGAAGCAGCAGCUGAUUUGUAGUAGAAUCAGCAAAGCAGAAUUGUGGGCUAAACGACAUAAGUGAAAAUAAAUAUUUAGCGCAAACGAAUUGAAUUUAGCGAAAAAUUAUUUUGAAAUAUAAAAAAAUAUAUGUAUAUAAAGUGUUAAGGUGUUGAACGGAAAAUUAGAAAAUUUGUGUGAAAAUCAUUCUGGUUUUCAAGAAAACGUGGAAGUACAACUGGCCGGUGCUGGUGUGUGCUGUUGAACGCCCUUACGUGGGCAACCGCAGUGCAGGUGUGACGGAAAGUAAGCGAGAAUCUGUCAGUAUACGCAACGUCGGCCGAAAAAAGUGAGAGGGGAGAUUUCAUUGCUGGCAAAUAAGGGACAAGCACGCAUCGAGGCUGCAGAUCCGAAAGCCAGCGUCUGCUGAUGAGUGACAAUUUCGUACGGCCAAAAAUAAACGGUAUUACGCGUAAAUUACAACAACAGCAAAGCAAAACAGGCAAUAAAUCAAACGCACAAGGCGAAAGAGCCCACGGCGAAGGCGCUUAACACAUACAUACAUAGAUACUUAGUGAAAAAAAUAUCUGUUGAAUGCGUGAGUAGCUAUUUUUGCCGGUAAAAUUAACGCUAAACGCGUGUGCUGCUAGCGCGUGUGUACGCUGUCGCUGAGGGUCAAGUGUGUGUAGUGGAAAUUUGUGAAAAUUUAGAGAAGAAAAAUCGUGCAAAAAAUAUUACAAUAACAAAAAUUGAGUGGCAAACCGCAAAGCCAAUAAAAUAUUUAAUUAGAAAAUACUUACAAAUCCAUCAGCAACCAUAAAACAAAAGCAAAAACAUGAAAAUGAAAAUGACAGCCAACAUCUAUAAAAUGCUCUUGCUGCUGCUUGCGAUUGUCUGCCUGUGCAGCGCACUGCCCUCACCCGAACCGCAACCGCAACCGGAACCGGCACUCUUGAGCAGCUACAAGCCCUCCUUCAUAUCGAAUCCAGCCAUCUACACCUACACAGUGGCGGAGAAUCAGGCACAAAAGCAACAACAACCACAACAACAAAAACAGCUGCAACAAGCGCAAGUCAAACAGCAACAACAAGAGUACGCAAAAACUUGGCAGAGCAAUGAUAUUGACUACAACACCAAUAGCAAUGGCAAUAGCAACAAUAACAACAAUAAUUACUUCAAUUAUGCCAGCAACAGCAAUAAUGAACAAUUUAGCAGCAGCAGCAGCAGCUCGAGUGACUCUACUGCCUCCGCCUAUCAGAAUCACUACUACACUAGUAGUAAAUUUAGUGGCGUUUCGUUGGCUACACCAACAACAACAACUACGCCCGCAACACCCACUCAACCGUUGCCGGUGAGCGGCUGUCAAUUGGAUCGUCUGGCUGUUUAUAAGGUCGUCUUGCACACCUAUUGGACGCGUGAUCUAUUUCCCAAACAUUAUCCGGAUUGGAGGCCAACCGCGCAAUGGACGAAAACUUUAGGUCGCACCCACGACGCAUCUUAUGCGCUCUUCCACAUCGGCCAGCAGGCCACGGCGGGCGUCAAACAAUUCGCUGAAACUGGCAAAAGUGAUUUGCUGGACAGCAUUGUGGGCGAGCAGCAACAACAACAGAUGCACCAUCAACAGCUACAACAACAGCAACAAAACGCCGCAAACGGAAAUUCAUUUGCAGGCUUUGUGCCAACGGCGAGCGCAGUGCGGGGUGGCGCUGGCGCUGGCGCUGGUGAACGCAGCGUUUUCGACGAAUUCAACAUACCGGCUGUGCUGGUGGGCGACGGCCGACAGGAGACGAAAUUCUUUGUCGACAGCAAUCACAGUAUGGUGUCGCUAAUGACGCGCAUUGUACCAUCGCCCGAUUGGUUUAUCGGCGUCGAUUCAUUUCAGCUCUGCGUCGGUGGCUCUUGGAUUGAUACAGUGACCGUUGAAAUGGAUCCACUGGACGCGGGCACUGACAAUGGCUUCACCUUUACCGCACCCAAUUGGCCAACGUCGCCACAAGGUGUCAUCUAUCGCAUCACAUCACGCUAUCCAGCACAUCCGGCCAGCAGUUUCUUCUAUCCGAAGAGCAAACGUCUACCGCCGAUAGCGACAUUUCAAUUUAUUAAG